AUGCUGAGAAACCUGAAAGAUGCAGUAUUAUCAGCUGAGACAGUUUUCGGCGAUGUCUUUAGGAAUGUUAUAACAGUAGCAGAGAAAUUUAAAUCUUUGCACGACAUUUUUGAUGCGGCUGUGGAAGAAGAAUGUAUCUUUUCAUGUCCAGAAGGGCACAAGCCGGUUCGUAAUAGAAACCACAUACCAAAAUCUGACGGCUGUGGUUCAUUAGGUUUCGAGAUUUCUUCUGAGUAUUUACCAUUAGAGCAAAUGACAAAGUGUUGUGAUACACAUGAUAUUUGUUAUGACACCUGCAAUAGUGGAAAAGAAAUUUGUGAUCUCGAGUUUAAGCGUUGUCUCUAUAAUUACUGUGAAACAUAUAAAAGUAUUAAUGUUGCAGCUGAUGCAAUAACAAAAGGUUGCAAAGGAGCCGCUAAAUUAUUAUUUACUGGCACUUUAACUCUUGGGUGCAAAUCAUAUUUAAAUGCACAAAAUAAUGCCUGUUACUGUCCUCCACCAAAGAACAAACAUAAAAAGUUUACAACUGGCAAUGGAGAGUUAUGA